AUGGGGAACCUCAGCACCGCCACCGAGCUCACCCUGCUGGGGCUCUCAGACGCCUGCGAGCUGCAGCUGCUCAUCUUCCUCAGGCUCCUCCUCACUUACCUCCUCACCCUGCUGGGCAACCUUCUCCUCACCGUCUCGGACAGGCACCUCCACACCCACAUGUAUAACUUUGCUGUCCUGGAGAUCUGGUUCACCUCCGUCCUCUUCCCCAAGAUGCUGGCCAACAUCCUCACAGGGCACAAGGCCAUCUCCCUAGCAGGAUGCUUCCUACAAAGUUUUCUCUACUUCUCCCUGGGCACCACAGAGUUCUUCCUCCUGGCGGUGAUGUCCUUUGACAGGUACGUGGCCAUUUGUAACCCCCUGCACUAUGCCACUAUCAUGAGCCAAAGGAUGUGUGUGCAGCUAGUACUCUGCUCAUGGAGCACAGGAUUCAUUCUUAUCAUUCUUCCAAGUGUCAUCCUAUUUAACCAGCCAUUCUGUGGCCCUAAUGUCAUUAACCACUUCUUCUGUGAUAACUUUCCACUCCUGGAACUCAUAUGUGCAGACACAACUCUGAUAGAACUCAUAGCCUUUGUGACAGCCAUCAUCAGCUUCCUGGGCACCUUGUGUGUGACGGCCACCUGCUACAGGCAUAUGCUCCACACCAUUCUGCACAUCCGCUCAGCCAGGGAGAGGCAGAAAGCCUUCUCAACCUGCUCCUCCCACAUCAUUGUGGUGUCCCUCUUCUAUGGCAGCGGCAUCUUCAUGUUCAUCUGGUCAGCCAAAGGUGGCCAAGGAGAGGACCACAAAAAGGUGGUGGCACUGUUUAACACCGUGGUGACCCCGGUGCUCAACCCCUUCAUCUACACCCUGAGGAACAAACACGUGAAGCAGGUGUUUAGGGAGCAGGUGAACAAGCUCCUCUCAUAA